UGUGUGAGAGAGAGUGAAUGUGUGAAUGUGUGAACGUGCAGCUGGCCAAUGCUGUGUUUGGUUAAGCAUGCUCGACUGGGCCCACCUCUGAUUGGUUGGCAGGCUGGACUUGGGGGGGCUCUUGCCGUUCUGCCCCCCCCCCCUCAAAAAAGAAACUCUGGCAGGUCGGACAGGGGAGAGAACAGAGAGAUCUGGGAUAUCGACACCCCCCCACACACACACUCACACACACCCACUCCCUCUCUGUGUCUCUCCCUCUCUCUUUGACACACACACACACACACACACACACACACUCACUCAUAAGACCUGCCGUCCACACAGAGAGCAGCGCUGGAGCUCCCCGCGCCAGGCUUGCGCUCACACACACACACUCACACACUCACACACACGCACGCCUGGGUCAACCCCUCUCUCCGUCUCUCUCUCUCGGUCAGAAGGCAUGGAGCAGCCUGUGUCUACCCCUGCAGCUCUCAGUCUGCUGCUGGCUAUUCUUCUACUAAUGAGUUCGCGUACGGCUCGUUCGGAGGAGGACCGCGACACGCUGUGGGACGCGUGGGGCUCAUGGAGUGAAUGUUCGCGCACCUGUGGGGGCGGAGCCUCCUACUCGCUCAGACGCUGCCUCAGCUCCAAGACAUGCGAAGGACAGAACAUCAAAUACCGCACCUGCAGCAAUGUGGACUGCCCGCCUGAGUCCGGAGACUUCCGUUCGCAGCAGUGUUCCGCCCACGCGGACGUGCGCCACCAGGGGCAGUUCCACGAGUGGCUCCCCGUCGACAACGACCCUGAGAACCCCUGUGCCCUCAAGUGCCGCGCCAAGGGGACGGGCACGGUGGUGGAGCUGGCGCCCAAGGUGCUGGAUGGCACGCGCUGCUACACAGAGUCUCUGGACAUGUGCAUCAGUGGGGUGUGUCAGAUUGUGGGCUGUGACCUUGAGCUUGGCAGCACAGCAAAAGAGGACAACUGUGGCGUCUGCAACGGAGACGGCUCCUCCUGCCGCCUGGUGCGAGGACACUACAAAUCCCAGCAUGCAUCUGGAAAAACUGAGGACACGGUGGUGGUGAUCCCCUUCGGCAGCCGGCAUGUCCGCCUGGUUCUGAAAGGACCGGAUCACUUGUCGCUGGAGAGUAAGACCCUACAGGGGAUGAGAGGGGACCUUUCCCUGGACGCCAGCAGGCAUUAUGUCCUGGAGAACACCACCCUGGACUACCAGAAGCUCUCCGAUAAGGAGAUACUGAGGGUCGCUGGGCCACUGGGGGCGGACUUCACCGUUAAAAUCCAACAUGCGGGUGGUGCUGACAGUGUGGUCCAAUACAUCUUCUACCAGCCCAUCGUCCACCGCUGGAGGGAAACAGACUUCUUCCCGUGCUCAGCGACCUGCGGGGGAGGCUACCAGCUGACCUCUGCGGAGUGCUUUGACCUGCGCAGCAACCGCGUGGUGGUGGACCAGUACUGCCACUACUACCCCGAGAACGUCAAGCCCAAGCCCAAACUCCAGGAGUGCAACAUGGACCCCUGCCCUGCCAGUGACGGCUACAAACAGAUCAUGCCCUACGACCUCUACCAUCCUCUACCAAGGUGGGAGAGCAGUCCGUGGACGUCCUGUUCCACCUCGUGUGGCGGGGGUGUCCAGAGUCGCGCGGUGUCCUGUGUGGAGGAGGACAUGCAGGGCACCAUCGUGCCCUCGGAGGAGUGGAAGUGCCUCUAUGCCCCCAAGACGCCCAUCCUCCAGCCCUGCAACGCCUAUGACUGCCCAACCUGGCUGGCACAGGAGUGGUCACCAUGCACUGUCACCUGUGGCCAGGGUCUCCGCUAUCGGGUGGUGCUGUGCAUCGACCACAGAGGCCUCCACGCCGGGGGGUGCAGCCCCACCACCAAACCCCACAUCAAAGAGGAGUGCCUGGUCCCCGUGCCCUGCUACAAGCCAAUAGAGAAGCUCCCGGUGGAAGCCAAGCCUCCGUGGUCCAAACAGGCCCAGGAGCUGGACGGGGAGACGGCCGUGACGGAGGAGCCCACGUUCAUCCAGGGCCGGUGGGGUCCAUGUACCCGCUCGUGCGGCGCGGGCACCCAGAGGCGCCCGGUGCGGUGCCAGGUGCUGCUGUCCUUCUCGCAGACGGUGGCCGACCUGCCGGACGACGAGUGUGAAGGGCCGCGGCCCACCGAGACGCAGCCCUGCUUCCUGUCGCCCUGCCCCGGAGCGAGGGAGGAGGAGGAGGAGAGGGCGAGAGAGAGAGAGCGCACAGAGGAGAAAGAGGAGCUCUACGACUGGGAGUAUGACGGCUUCACCGACUGCUCCGAGACCUGUGGAGGAGGUAUGCAGGAGGCUGUGGUGAUCUGUGUGAACAAGCAGACCAGAGAGGCGUCAGACGAGGAUCUGUGUGUGAGCGCUCGCAGACCACCCCAGCUCGUACAGGGCUGCAACACAGAACCCUGCCCACCCAGGUGGGAGAGCAGCUUGUGGAGCUCCUGCUCGGCCACCUGUGGGGUGGGCUUACGCACGCGCUCUGUGGCCUGCACCCUGCGGCCGACCCGCGGCAGCAACCGCACCGAGACCCUCAGAGACGAGGAGUGCAGGCCGCCCAAACCCAUCCCCGUCCAGGCCUGCAACCGCUUCGACUGCCCCCCAACCUGGAUCCCCCGCGACUGGGGACAGUGCUCCCGUACCUGUGGAGGCGGUGCCCAGAAGCGGGAGGUGCUGUGCAAGCAGCGAUUGGCUGACGGGAGUGUUCUGGAACUGCCUGACACAUUCUGCCCCUCCCCAAACCCCCCCAGCCUGCAGGCCUGUGCCAGAGUUGCCUGUCCACCCCGCUGGGUACCCACCGACUGGUCCCAGUGCUCUGCCACCUGUGGAGAGGGCACCCAGAGGCUGCUGGUUGUGUGUCGGCGCCAGGGGGAGAGUGGCCACUACCAGACCCUGCUGCCCGACGCCUGCUCCUCCGCCCCCCGCCCCGGCACCGUCAGGCCCUGCUCUCUGGAGCCCUGCAAGAGUCCAGCAAAGCCCUCCGUGUCCAAGGCUGAGCCCAGCAUCCUGGCCCAGCGCAAGGUCUACAUCCAGUGGAGGAAGGGCCGCAAGCUGCACUUCAUCGUGGGCGGCUACGCCUACCUGCUGCCCUGGACCUCCGUGGUCAUCCGCUGCCCCACGCGCCGCUUCCGCAAGGGCCACAUCCGCUGGCUGAAGGACGGCCGGCCGCUGGCCGCGCUCCCCGCACCCUUGCCCCGCCUCACCGUCUCCCCCCUGGGCUACAUCCGCAUCCAGCAGCUCCAGGCGUCCGACGCCGGCGUCUACACCUGCGUGGCCGGAGAGACGCAGGAGAACUUCGUGCUGAAGAUGAUCGGGAGCAAGAGGAAGCUGGCCGUGCCCCUGGGGGACUUCUGGCUCCCCGACGAGGCGGGCGACAAGAAGAAUGUCCAGCAGGGGGCGCCCACGGCCGCGUCUCUGGGCCGCUACGACGGCGUGGUGCAGAGGCUCCUCGACAUGAAGGACCUGAGCCCCGGCUCCAAGGAGCUGCUGGAGUCGGCAGAGAAGAGCGGCGGCUUGGCCACGGCGACGGAGGACGGUGGUGGCGGCGGUGGUGGCACCGCCAUGAUCCUGGUGGCGGAGACGCGCACGCUCGACGAGGUGCUGCGGAACCUCUCGGGGGGUCACGGUUCUAAGGACACGGUUCUAGCUCAGCUGCUGGGGGAACUCACACACAGCCACGGCGAGAACAACGAGUCCACCCUGCACCUGCAGGAGGAGCCUGAGAGCUCCACGCUGCCGCCCCAGCACGUGCGUCGCACCAACACGCGCACCGCGCCCCUGUCCAUCCAGCCUCUGACCGGGCCUCUUCGGAAGCCCACCAUCCACGUGCCGCAGAGACCCAUCGGCGCCAGCGUCAGCCCGUUAGAGCCGGUGGCGUACGUGGGCGGCUCGGUUCUGGUUCCGAGGCAGGCGAUCCGUCUGCGGCUGAAGUGCCAGGCCCAAGGCAACCCAGAACCCAUCCUCACCUGGGCCAAGGACGGGGAGGAGCUACAGUCCAGCAGCAGAGUAGGCCUUUUGCCAGACGGCUCGCUGCUCAUCAGAAGCCCGGGCGAGGCUGACGUGGGUCUCUACACCUGCACCGCCCACAACCACCUGGGCUCCGCCUCCCUCUCCUCAGCACUGCACCUCACAGAUCCCAGCUGUGGAGAUGAUGCAACAGCGGUGAACAACACACUGUGCAUGAACAUGUCCAACGGAUCACAAUUCUGCCAUGGACAACACUGCCCCCAGAGGUGGCUGCUCUCUGCCUGGUCGUCCUGCACUGCCCCCUGUGGUGGGGGGGUGCAGACGCGCAGGGUCUACUGUCAGGGCGGGGGCGAGGGGGAGCACAGGUGUCGGGGGGCGGGGAAGAGACCCCCCCUCUCCCAGAGCUGUAACACCCAGCCCUGCUCCCAGUGGACCGCCACAGCCUGGGGACCUUGUCAUGGGCAUUGUGUGGGACUGCGUCAGGCUACCCAGCAUCGCCACGUCUUCUGCCAGGACAGGAAUGGCACCAAAGUUACUCACCGCAUGUGUGGCGCCCUCCUCAGGCCGCCGUCCCAGAGGAACUGUACGAGCGAGGCGUGCUCCACCCAAUGGCGUGUGGGCUCCUGGACCCACUGCACCGCCACCUGUGGUCGCCAUGGUUUCCAGUCCCGUCACGUGGCGUGUGCCCACAGCCGCACGGGCAAACCGGCGCGAGAACUGCACUGCUCAUGGAGGCCACGCCCCGCCAGCUGGCAGAGGUGCAAUGUGCAGUCCUGUGGCCGAGGUGAGUGUCGGGACAGCACGCGCUACUGUGACAAGGUGCGUCAGCUGGACCUCUGCCCGCUACCCCAGUUUAAGUCGCGUUGCUGCCAGUCCUGUCGGACCACCUGAGAGGUCACCAGGGGUCAAGGGGGUCAUGGGGUUAAGGGUGAGGUGUAGAGACUGGCAGAGGGAUGGACACAAAAUCUCCUGGGAUGUCUCCUGUCCACACAGACAACCCAGUGCAACCACCGUCCUCACCCUCCGGUCCCCAGAGGUAGAGAUGGACAAAGAGGACACAACACAUACACAGGACCACCUCAUGUCCCCCCCACCCCUCCCUUCACAGCUUCCCCAGGGGUGGAGACAGAACCCGAGAGAUGGACAGAACCCCCCCACAAUGCCACGCCACCCCCCACCCCCCACCCCUCCCACCCACCCACCCCUCUCACUCCCAGGAGAAGAGGGGAAGGAUGGUACACUGAGGACAAAGACUUGGGAUGGGGCUGUCCUGACCAAAGGCAGGGUUGGAUGUGAUCCACUGAGUGGCCCAUUUCAGACGCCCCAUGUGGGCACUAACGGUACUACGCUAAAUAUGGGCUUUGAUUUCAAUAGGACAAUCAGUGGACGUCAGUAGUGAAUUUGAAUAAAUGUAGAUGUGGACCUUUGGAUGACACCUGCAUUGGUUUCCAUUUGAAACGGUGGACAUUGGACUCAAUGAAGGCUUGUGGAUUUAAUCUUGUUUUGUUGUUGUUGUUGUUGUUGUUGUUUUUGUUUUGUUGUUGUUGUUGUGCAUAAUGGACAUUUGAUUCUGUUCUCUGUGGGAGUUUGUCACGUCUGGCUCCAGCCCUCCAUUAAGACUGUUACAGCCACACCAAAUUAGCAGUAGGCAAAACAAAAAAAAGCCCCUUUUGUUUUUUCACAAAUGAUUGGUCACCUUACUUCUUAAAAUCACUGUGUGAGUGUUUUACUACUUUUGGGUACUUCAAUCUAAGAAACUCCCCCCAUAAACUACCCAAAACUACCGUACACCCCGAAGGCUGCUGCUCUGGCUGUGCUGUCUGUGACAGUGGAGCCAUGAAGAGAACCAUGGGCCCUUUCUAUCGGCACCAACUACGCUGAAUCAGCCAUCUUAUUCACAAGGCCAUUUCUCCUGUCAAUUCAUGAUGCCCUAACACCGUUUACUGUAGUGAAGUGGGCGGCCUCUCUGCUGCUCUAAGACAUCUGUGGACACCAAACAGAGGGCGUCCACAUUUAGAGUGGACAUGGUGUCCACAUUUAGAGGUCGAGACACAAAGUUAUUGUAUCUCGACCUCUAAAUGUCCUUCAGCUCGCUUUGCUCUGCUCUGCUGUGUGAGACCCAAUCGCCCCCAGUGUAAAAGUCACUCAGCCGCACAGAAAGAAUUGGAAAAGUUGAUUGUUUGCACUUGAAAUCAUGUAAAGAAAAUGCCUUGAAUUUGUUGUUUAUUGUAACUAGUUUUCCUUUCUUUGUGAUUAAUGUUGCUAAUGAUUAUAGCUGUUUUUGUCAUUGUUCAUAAGGUGUGUGUGUAGUCACUGGCUGUUGGCUUCACCACUCUUUCCCUUCAGUGUCCUGGCUGUGGGUGAAUCAUUUGAGGCUUAAAGGUCCAGUCCGCCACUGUGUUUGUUUCACAGAACCAGGACUGUAUUUGACCACAGGAGGUUUUUUUGAGCGCACCUCACAGAUUGGACAGCUAGAGGACCAUAAGGAGCAAUUCACUGAAUUUGACAAAAAAGAAUCGAAAACUACACCUUCAAAUUUGGGUGCUCUACACAGUAUCUCGGAUGAUAGCAAUGAUUUCAGACUCAAGAUGGCCAAAAUGGCAGCCAAAUGUUUAAUCCUUUCAUCGUUAUUCUUGGAAGCCUGCCUAUCAACUCAUUACUUAGCUACUUAUCACCAGAAUUACCUUUUUUAGAUAAAACUAAGUCUGACAUGUUGCAGGAUAACUGGCCAAACUAGCACUUGCUCUGUCAUUGUGACAUAGGCCAGAUUCCAUUUGGAAAUCUAAUACCCAAACUCCAUUAAUCACUUCUCAGAUGCCACAUCAUAUCUUCAUCUCCUCCCAUAGAGGCCAACACCUCACAUUAAAACUGCAAUGGCAAAGAAGUAGUUCAAGUAAUUCAUUUGGACAUUUCUAAGCUAGCCUGCCAGCUAAUCGCUUGACUGAAAACAGAAUCACUAUUUUAUUGGUUAAAAAGUCAUUUUGUCAUAAAACAAUCAGUUAUCAGUUGUGGCCUCUGGUUCUUGCAGUGUCAUUGGCAUAUGAGUAAGCAACCAUUUGGCAAAGGGGUGAUCCAUUGCUCACAUCCUGAACCUUAUGGCAUCAGAUCUUCAUUUCAUCCUCGAGAUGAGAAACCUACGUCACACAAAAGCAGCCUCUUCUGGUGUCAGUUGUGUAAAAAAGGAAUUUGUUAUCGCUUUCUUACCCCUUAGGUUUUGUAAAUACUCUCUUAUGCCACAGUAUUUUUUGUGCUUCCUUUUAACUAUUUAUUACAUUGUUUGAUGUUGUACAAGUGCAAUUAUUCUGUAAAUGAAAACUGGUUUUGAUUUUGAUAUAGGUAUAGAUUUCUGUGUUUUUGUUCGCUUUCUUGUUUUGUUAAGAUGUUGAUGUGAAUAGGUCAGAGCAUGCAGGAUUGUGUAGAAUUGGUUUGAUUGUUUGUUUGUUUUUUAAAAAGAUGUUAAUAAAUGACCCUACAUUCCUU